AAUCAAUGAACUACAACUACAACUGCUCCUUGUCGGUGCGGGUUUGCUCUUAACUCUUUCAUUCUAUCUGCGAUCCUCUCUCCCUCCCCCUUGGCACUUGUCAAGAAACAGAGAAUGAAGGUUAUUGAUAAGAUAAGGGCGGCAGCAGCAGCGGGAGAUUCAAAUGCCAAUGGAAAUGGAGGAGAUAGCUGCAGCAAUAACAAGGUUGUUUUCUCCUUCGAAUUCUUUCCUCCAAAGACCGAUGAUGGAGUGGACAACCUGUUCGAGAGAAUGGACAGGAUGGUCUCUCACAAUCCUUCCUUCUGUGACAUCACUUGGGGUGCUGGUGGGUCCACCGCAGAUCUGACCUUAGACAUCGCCAACAAGAUGCAGAACAUCAUCUGUGUCGAGACUAUGAUGCAUCUCACCUGCACCAACAUGCCCGUUGAGAAGAUCGAUCACGCCCUCGAAACCAUCAAAUCCAAUGGAAUCCAGAAUGUUCUUGCUCUUCGUGGUGAUCCUCCUCAUGGUCAGGAUAAAUUCGUCCAGAUCCAAGGCGGCCUCGCUUGCGCUCUCGACCUCGUCAAACAUAUCAGAUCCAAAUAUGGUGAUUACUUCGGCAUUACUGUCGCUGGCUAUCCAGAGGCACAUCCUGAUGUGAUUGGAAGUGAUGGAUUUGCUACGCUUGAGGAUUACCAUAAAGAUCUUGCUUAUUUGAAGCAGAAGGUGGAUGCUGGGGCUGAUCUAAUUGUUACUCAACUUUUUUAUGAUACUGAUAUUUUCUUGAAAUUUGUGAAUGACUGCCGCCAAAUCGGAAUCACUUGUCCCAUUGUCCCUGGUAUUAUGCCUAUUAAUAACUACAAGGGCUUUAUACGUAUGACUGGUUUUUGCAAAACCAAGGUACCAGCCGAGGUUACUGCGGCAUUGGAGCCUAUCAAGGAUAAUGAAGAAGCUGUCAGAGCCUAUGGGAUUCACCUUGGAACUGAAAUGUGCAAGAAGAUUUUAGCUCAUGGAAUCAAGACGUUGCAUCUCUAUACUCUGAACAUGGAGAAAUCUGCUUUAGCUAUAUUAAUGAAUCUUGGUUUGAUUGAAGAGUCCAAGAUUACAAGGCCAUUACCAUGGCGCCCCCCGACAAAUGUUUUCCGUGUAAAAGAAGAUGUCCGUCCGAUAUUUUGGGCUAAUCGUCCAAAGAGCUACCUAACGAGGACAAUAGGUUGGGACCAGUACCCUCACGGCCGAUGGGGUGAUUCUCGCAAUCCAUCCUAUGGUGCUUUAUCUGACUAUCAGUUUAUGCGACCCCGGGCACGUGGCAAGAAACUUCUUGAAGAGUGGGCUGCCCCCUUGAAAAGUGUUGAGGAUAUAUAUGAGAAAUUCAAGGUAUACUGCCUUGGGAAGUUGAAAAGUAGUCCCUGGUCGGAACUAGAUGGCCUUCAGCCAGAGACUAAAAUCAUUAAUGAACAGCUGGGCAAGAUCAACUUGAAGGGAUUCCUGACUAUCAAUAGUCAACCAGCUGUCAAUGGGGAAAAAUCCGAUUCUCCAUCUGUUGGUUGGGGUGGGCCAGGAGGUUAUGUAUAUCAGAAGGCUUAUCUAGAGUUUUUCUGCUCCAAGGACAAGCUGAAUGCUCUUGUUGACAAGUGCAAGUCUUUCCCUUUUGUAACUUACAUUGCUGUGAACAAAGGAGGGAGUUGGAUCUCUAAUGUUGCCCUGACUGAUGUGAAUGCUGUAACCUGGGGAGUCUUCCCCGCAAAGGAGAUUAUCCAACCAACUGUUGUGGAACCCACCAGCUUCAGUGUGUGGAAGGAUGAGGCAUUUGAAAUCUGGUCAAGAGGAUGGGCUUCCUUGUACCCAGAGGGUGACCCAUCCAGAACGCUACUUGAAGAGGUGCAGAGCAGCUACUUUUUGGUGAGCUUGGUAGAUAAUGAUUACAUCCAUGGGGACAUUUUUGCUGUCUUUGCGGAUUUAUGAUGCUAGGGGCCCCUUGCAGCCCCUGCAUUUGCUAAGAGUAUCCAAGUCCCCAAAAAAUGGUGCUUUAUCCUAAGUUGAAUCCCAGCUUUAAUCUUCUUAUGGCAUACAUUAUUUUUGAAAUUAUUUCCGUAUUGAAAUGUAAUAAUAAUUCAUUGGGAUCUUGCUACUCCCCUCUCCAUUAUAUGCUGCAAAUUUGUAUUUGGAGUGGCAACUAAUUCUAAGCUUAAAGAAAAUAUGAUUGCCUCUUUUUCUUGAACUUUUCAA